GUGGAAGUCAAGAAAGACUUCUUCGGGAUUGGGAAGCUAGUGAGCUCCUCUGCUCUUACACUGGGAGGCUGUACUGCAACUGGAGAAGACCCUUCUGCUCAAGUGCUUGUCUUUUGAGUCUGGAUUGCAUGGAUGUGGCAGUGUAGUGAUGGUGACUAACGAUGAGCUUGUCUACACCUUCAAACUUCUCCACACCCCACAAGAGGCUUCAUCUGGUGUUCCUAUUGUUCGGAGCAUUAGUGCAGUGGUUGGAAUCGAGUGUCACUAUUCGAGAAAGGAUAAUGUGAGCAGCGAUUCCUUAGUGCCCAAUUGGGUCCCAUAUACCUCUCUUGAAGCUGCAGAGGAGGUCUUCGUCUUCUCCCUCAAGCUCAUGACCGAUGACUGGAGAUUCGAGAGGCCUUCUAACCAAUACUUCCUGGGUGAUAUCAUAAAUCUUGAAGCAUCUGUGCUUUCAUACAGCCAUGUUCCCAUCCGUGUGUUUGUGGACAGCUGUGUGGCUACAAUAGUCCCUGAUGUCACAUCUGUCCCCAGAUACUCAUUUAUUGAGAACAAUGGGUGCCUGGUUGAUGCCAAGCUCACAGGCUCCAGAUCUCACUUCAUGCCCCGAACUCAAGGUGACAAGUUGCAGCUUCAGCUAGAGGCUUUCAGGUUCCAGCAACCAGACAGUGGACUGGUUUACAUCACAUGCAUGGUGAAGGUGGCUGUAGCAACAACGACUCCAAAUCCUGAACAGAAAGCUUGUUCCUUCUCUGCUAAUGGUUGGGUGUCUACAGAUGGUUCUGACCAGGUGUGUGGCUGCUGUGACUCCACAUGUAGUACCAGAAGAGGAAGUGACCAGCCCCAUAAAGAUCUGCGGUGGGAUAAAUACUCUGUUGGGCCCAUCAGUGUUAAGGAAUCUGGCUAUGGCCAAAAAUAACUGGAAGUGCUGUGACUUUAUUAAAGGGAUCUUAAUGGGU